GAGGCUGAGCAGGAAAGUGGGGGUGGGGAGGGAGAUGGUGGCCAGGGCUGACGGCAGGAAAGGGUGCUAAGGGACUAGAGCCCCCCUCCCAGGAUGCUCCAGGCAAAGUGGAGCCCCCACAGGAACCCCGAGUACAAAAGUCAGGAGCGCGCUGGGUGCGCCUGGGUGGGAGGCGGAGAGGUGGGCAGGCACACGGCCGCCGCUACCGCAGUACGCAGCAGCGGUGCAGUCCCUGGGUCCGCGCGUCCUUCCGGAGCGGCAGCAGGUACACAUGCCAUGAGGGUCGGGAGCCUGUCUGCUGUGGUCAGCACCGUUUCUCCAGGGCCUGGCACGUGGGAUGGUGCAGGUGACCUUCGAGGCCAGUGACCCGCAGACCGGCAGGAUGCGUGACUGGCACCAGAUUUUUGACCAGAACGUGCUGGUGCCUCCCCACCCACACAGAGCACGCCAGCCCUUAAAGGACUCGACGGCGUUUCAGUGCGUCCUGAAGUGGCUCGAUGGGCCGCUCAUUAAGCAGGGCGCGCUGGAGGUGCUGUCAGAGCUGGGGUGCCAUAUCCGCGUGUCUCUGUUCGAUGUCGCCUACCGCCACUUCUUCGGGAGGACAUGGAGGAGCGCAGCGAGGCCCGUGGAGCCGCUCCCCAGGCAGCCGUCCAGGAUCGUCCUGAAUGAGCCCGUGUACUUCCACACGUCCUUGAGCCACCCGAGCAUUGUGGCCGUGGUGGAAGUGGUCGCCCACGGCAGGAGACGGGACGGGACCCUCCAGAGCCUGUCGUGUGGGUUUGGGAUUCUUCGUAUCUUCAGCAGCAAAACGGAGUCUCCCCGCACAGCCUCCCAGGACAGACGGUUGAGACUGUAUCACGGCACCCCCAGAGCCCUUCUGCACCCCCAGCUGCAGGACCCCAUCGAACAGAGCAAGCACCUGACAGCCAUUGAGAGCUGCAGCCUGCAGUACGCGCUGCAGCCGCACCCGGCCCUGGAGCCCGCCUUCCACCUGCUGCCUGAGAGCCUGCGGGUUGGUCUGGCCGCCCAGGAACGGGGUCUGGUUGUUCCAGGUGACGCCCUCCGGAGGCCGCGCCUGCAGAAAUCGGUCACGUGGUACCUGGACGAGGUGUUCUUCACGCUGUACCCCUCCCUUGAGAAAUUCGAGGAGGAGCUUCUGGAACUCCUGAUCAGCGACCACUUCCGGGAGGGGGACGGCCCGCUGGACAGCAGUGCACUGGAGAUCGCCGAGCGGCGUCUGUGUGUCGGCGUGCACAACGGUUUGGGCUUCGUGCAGAGGCCGCAGGUCAUGGUGCUGGUGCCUGAGAUGGACGUGGCCUUGACGCCCCCCCUGCCCUGCCCCCGCCCUGUGUCCUUGACCAGCUCUGGAAACCAGGCUCUGGUCCUGAGGAGCCACCUCCGACUCCCCGAGAUGGUCCAUCACCCCGCCUUCGCCAUCGUCUUCCAGCUGGAGUACGUGCUAAGCAGCCCCUCGGGAGUGGACGGCAACGCGGCUCCCGCCUCCGCGCGCUGUCUGGUCUAUAAGGUGCCCCCCGCCAGCAUGAGCUCCGAGGAGGUGAGGCAGGUGGAGUCGGGGACCAUCCAGUUCCAGUUCUCGCUGAGCCCCGACGGACCCCCGGACACCCCAGGGCAGCCCCGGCCGGAGCGGCGGCCUUCGAGGAGGACGCCCACGUGCCCCACAACUGCCAGUGAGCUCAGCUACUCGCAGCUCCCGGCUAAAGGCCCGGGGAAGGUCCCGUUGGUGACAGCUCCCGGCUGCCUCCCAUGGCUGUCCUGCGAACACGGGCACGAGAACCAGAGCUGGGCCAAAGCCACGGACCACCAGCUCUGUCCUGCGUUGUUAACACAGCUCCUGUCCCCUGCCCUCGAGCUGCCCGUGCUGGCUUCUCCCAGGAAGGGCUUCUCCACGCAGGGGCCCGGGAGCGCCACGCUUCUCCUGGCCGAGGCAUUGCUCUGCCGGUUGGAGGGGGUGUCCGGGCAGGCCCUGCCCCAUGAAACUCACCUGCACUGUUUCUGUACCUUUCAAAGCGCCAUCCGGAAGGAGCCCGCGUGGCGGCAGAGGGUCAUCUCCGAGUCCCUGAUCUGUGUUCACCUGAAGUCGGAGCCUGUGGUGGCCCAGGAAGGAGCCCGUGUGGCGGCAGAGGCCCCGGAGGCAGCACUGCGACCUGGGGCCUCCUUCCUCGGUGUGAGCUGGGCGCAGCACGGGUGCGGCCAGGAGCAUGUUCAGGGCUCGCGGGACAGGCGGACACUGCGCAGGUCUCACCAGCUUUCUUCCCUCCAGUUGUCCCUGUCCCAGCUCGCAGCCUCCCCACCGUCCCCCACUCGUUGCCGCGCGGCCAAGCCCUCUUCCCAGCAGCCCGCCAGCUCCGAGCCCUUGGGGGCCCCGGCGGAGCUCCCCCUGGAGGGCGGGAUCGCGCACCUGGAAGCUGACCUGAGCCCCAUGCCCGUGAUCCCGGGGACCUGUGUCGCCGAGCAGUUGCAGGAGCUGCCCUUCGCCCCCGUGCACGCCCCCAUCAUCGUGGGGGCCCAGGCCCGGAGCUCCGGAGGCAGGCUCUCGCGGGCCUGCAUGGCGCUCCUGCAGGCUGCCGGCUUCCCCGAGAUCCUGGACGCCAGCCAGCAGCCGGUGGAGGCUGGCAGCCCGGCGGACCCCGUGAAGCUCAGCCUGCAGAGGGAGGAAGCCGACCGUCUCCGGGGCAGCGAGGUGGUGCUGCAGUUCCUCGCCUUCAGCAGGGUGCCCCAGGACGACCCGGGAACGCCGUGGCCGCGCACCGUGUAUUUCACCUUCCAGUUCUACCGCUUCCCGCCCGCCACGACUCCGCGGCUGCAGCUGCUCCCGCUGGACGGGGCCGGGAAGAGCCGCGCGGGCCCCCUGUCACACAUCCUUGUUCCCACCAGUCACCACGGCUCCGAUGCUGGGCCUCCGGGCUUCCAGCUGAGGUACCUGGUGGACCCCGGGUUCCUGAGGCCCGGCGAGCGGCGCUGGUUCACCCGCUACUUGGCCGUGCAGAGCCUGCAGGUGGACGUCUGGGACGGAGACUCCUUGCUGCUCAUCGGCUCGGCUGCCGUGCACCUGAAGCACCUCCUCCGCCAGGGCCGCCCGGCCGUGCAGGUCUCCCACGAGCUCGAGGUCCUGGCCACCGAAUACGAACAGGACGCGAUGGUGCUGAGUGGAGACGUGACUGCGUCUGGCAGCGUCAGGCCGAUCGGCGUCCACACGGUGGUGAAGGGCCUGCUGCACCUGACCUUGGCCAACGUGGGUCACCCGUGUGAACAGAGAGGGCGAGAGGCCAGCGUGCUGACACCUUCCAGGCUGCGGGUCAUCUCGAAUGAGGGAGCUGGCCGCUUCGACGGAGGCAGCCUCCUCAUGCGCGGGGCCCCGAGACGGGUGAAAAACGUGGUCCAGGCACUGAAGCUGGCAGAUGUGGACAGCGAGCUGGCCGCCAUGCUGCUCACGCCCCUGCCGCCGGGGAGCAAGGGGCCCCGGGGCGCCGUGCGGGAGGGGGACGCGGUUCGCAGGCGCAAGCUGGAGCGGAUGAGGGCUGUGCGUGCGCAGGAGGCCGGCAGCGAGCGGGGCUGCCGGAGGAGCGUGCUGGUGAGCACUCAGCAGAACGUCCGGGCUCAGCACGCGCGGGACCUGCAGGUCAUCGCCGCCUACCGGGAGCGCACCAAGGCCCAGAACAUCGCCAGCGCACUGAGCCUGGCCAUCACCGUGGAGCACACGCUCUACGCCUCGCUGGGCACCGCGGAGUUCUUCGAGUUCGCCCUCAGGAACCCCCACAACACGCCGCACACUGUGACCAUCGAGGUGGACAACCCUGAGCUCAGCCUCAUCGUGGACAGCCAGGAGUGGAGGCACUUGAAGGGCACGCAGUGGACCGUCCUGCAGGUGGACAGCAGUGCCUGCCCCCCAGGAUCCGUCCGUGACCCGCGGGUGCCGGUUGCUUUCCCACAGGCCUCUGCGGACCUGAGACCUGAGAAGGGCACGGACCCCAGAUCCCCUGUGAAGGACAGCGUGAUGCCCACCAGACAUGCCAAGACAGGCCCCACGCAGGGGCGGCCGAGCAGGAACUCAGUGUCCACACAGGGGCGGCGUGGAGGCCCGUCCCCUCCGCACCGGCCGCGCCUGUUGGGAGACACCUUUGUCUUGGUGUUUUCCGCUCCAGGUGCUCCCGUGGGGAAGCCCGGCGAGGCGCCCCCGGUCCACGUCCGCUGCAGUGACCCGCACGUCAUCUGUGAGACCCAGAAUACGGGUCCGGGGGAGCCGAGGGACGUGUUCCUGAAGGUGGCCAGUGGCCCGAGCCCGGAUGUCAAAAACUUCUUUGUUGUCAUUUACGUGGACCGCUGGCUGGCGGCGCCCGUCCAGAUCUGGCAGCGUUUUCAAUUGAGUCCUAAUUGGCCAUUGGGGGGCGGGGACACGUACACCCACAGCCUGUCCCAGAGUCGCCGGGAGGAGAUACUAAGUCUGAGUCAGUGCAGCCAGUCGCUCUGCUCAGCAGGCUGGCUGCGGUGGCCCGGCCCUGACGGAGCCCCGCCCUUUCUGCCGCACGCCGGCCACGUGGGCCCCGAGCAGGCGGUCCCCCAGCAGCGGGUCCCUGGGGGGCGGGUGCCGGAACCCCUCGUCCCACUCGCCACUCUGUUUCUGAAGAUGGACCCCAAAGGUGUCUUUGUGCUGCCGCCCCACGGGGUGCAGGACCUGCACGUGGGCGUGAGGCCCCGCCAGGCGGGCAGCCGCUUCGUGCACCUGAACGUGGUCGACGUAGACUUCCACCAGCUAGUGGCCUCCUGGCUCGUGUGCCUCUCCUGCCGGCCGCCUCUCAUCUCCAAGGCCUUCGAGAUCACCAUGGCCGCGGGGGAGGGGAAGGGCGCCCACAAGCAGAUCACCUACACCAACCCCUACCCCUUCCGCCGGGCCUACCGCCUGCACUGCAACCACCCCGACUUGCUGCAGUUCACGGAGGACACCUUCCAGGUCGCGGGCGGAGAGACCUACACCAUCGACCUGCGGUUCGCGCCCAGUCGGAGGGCCGGGGAGCGGGAGGUGCUCAUCCACAUCAACGACCACGAGGACAAGACCGAGGAGACGUUCUGUGUGAAGGUCGCCUACCGGUGAAGGUCGCCUACCGGUGAAGGUCGCCUACUGGUGAAGGUCAUCUACUGGUGAAGGUCAUCUACCGGUGAAGGUCAUCUACCGGCGAAGGUCGCUUACCGGUGAAGGAGCCUCCCCGGCCUCCAUGGGCCUCUCUGGGCCUCCAUGGCCUCCCCAGCCUCCC